GCCUUCCAAAUCCUUCUUUCUGAUUGGCUCUACGGACUCGCUCCCGCCUCCAUUCACUAUUGGUUCCAAUUCCUGCCUUCCAUUCGUCGGGUGCUGUCAUCCGAGAACACGCGCAGCAAUAAUGGCGGCCUUCAGGGUGGCUCACAGCAGCUGCGGGCUGGUAAAUGGGUUACGGAUAUCUUUCAGGACUUUGUCGCAGGUCAAACAUGGCGCAGUCGCUGCUUCGGCGCUGCAGACGAGCCUGCAACGGGACCGCCGCUGGUACUCGGUCAGCCACCUGUCUGUCAAAGAGAGGAUUGAGAAGAAAAGGAAAGCGGCGCUGGUCGGGGGAGGUCAGAGCAGAAUAGAUGCACAGCACAAACGGGGCAAGCUGACAGCCAGGGAGCGAGUGGAGCUGCUGCUGGACCCCGAGUCCUUCGUGGAGUCCGAUAUGUUUGUGGAGCAUCGCUGCUCUGACUUCGGUAUGGAGCAGGACAGAAAUAAGUUCCCUGGUGACAGUGUGGUGACAGGGCGAGGCAGGAUCAAUGGUCGACUGGUCUACAUAUUCAGUCAGGACUUCACGGUGUUUGGUGGCAGUUUGUCUGGAGCUCACGCACAGAAGAUCUGUAAGAUCAUGGACCAAGCCAUGAUGGUUGGAGCCCCCGUCAUCGGUCUGAAUGAUUCGGGAGGUGCUCGCAUCCAGGAAGGAGUGGAAUCCCUGGCUGGUUAUGCGGAUAUUUUUCUUCGGAACGUCAUGGCUUCGGGCGUUAUCCCUCAGAUCUCCCUCAUCAUGGGUCCCUGUGCGGGAGGGGCUGUCUACUCACCUGCCCUCACAGAUUUCACCUUCAUGGUUAAGGACACAUCAUACCUGUUUAUCACAGGACCUGAUGUUGUGAAGUCUGUUACGAAUGAAGAUGUUACUCAAGAGGAGCUUGGUGGAGCUAAAACCCACACCUCCAUAUCUGGCGUGGCUCACCAUGCAUUUGAGAACGAUGUUGAAGCCCUUCUCAACCUGCGAGAGUUCUUCAACUUCCUCCCACUGAGCAAUCAGGAUCCUGCCCCCAUCAGGGAGUGCCAUGACGCCAGCGAUCGUCUGGUAAUCUCACUGGACACCAUCGUCCCAUUUGAGUCGACCAAAGCCUACGACAUGCUGGACAUCAUUCAUGCAAUAGUGGAUGAGAGAGACUUCUUUGAAAUCAUGCCCAACUACGCAAAGAACAUUGUGGUGGGGUUUGCCCGCAUGAACGGCCGCACCGUGGGGAUUGUGGGUAACCAGCCCAAAGUGGCUUCUGGCUGCUUGGACAUCAACUCCUCGGUGAAGGGAGCUCGCUUUGUACGCUUCUGUGAUGCCUUCAACAUUCCUAUUAUCACCUUUGUGGAUGUGCCAGGCUUCCUGCCAGGAACCGCUCAGGAGUAUGGAGGCAUCAUCAGACAUGGAGCCAAGUUGCUGUUUGCCUUUGCUGAGGCCACGGUCCCAAAAAUCACCAUCAUCACUAGGAAGGCUUACGGAGGAGCUUACGACGUGAUGAGCUCCAAACACUUGAGAGGAGACGUAAACUACGCCUGGCCCACAGCCGAGGUCGCCGUCAUGGGAGCCAAGGGAGCUGUUCAGAUCAUCUUCAGGGGGAAGGACAACCAAGCAGAGGCAGAGGCUGAAUACGUGGAGAAGUUUGCUAACCCCUUCCCAGCUGCUGUGAGAGGUUUCGUGGAUGACAUAAUCGAGCCGUCAACAACACGCAAGAGGAUCUGCAGGGAUCUGGAAGUGCUGGCCAGCAAGAAGCAAGUGAAUCCUUGGAAGAAACAUGCCAACAUUCCUCUGUGAAACACGCCCAGUGUCUCCACACUAAUCUGAAGACGGUUAUCGCGUCUCCGUUUAAAUGAGACCACGCAACGACAGGUUUGGUAGCCUGUCGUAUGUCACUGGUCGUCUUUGCGUGCACCACUCCACCAGAAGCAGCACUUGGAUACUUCAUCUGAUUAUGUUCAUGAUCAGCACAUUAAAACAAUGAAAAAAACUUCAUUUUAAAUUAUUGUCAAGUCAUAUUGAUCAAUGAUGGGAGCAAGGUUGAAUCUGAAAGAGCAGAUUACAUGUUGCUGUUAUUAAGAUACAGGCAACUCCUACUCUGAGUAGUUUUAGUUGUAGCAGUAACUUACCAUAUGUAAAGGGCAGCGUUUUCAUGUCCUGUUGUACUGUAUUAGUUUGUCCUAGGUUGGUAUGUUCAGUUUGCUCUUUCAGACACACUCCCUAUUGUUCUGUUAGGUCAAGAAAAAGUCCUUAUAACAUGAAAAUGUGCCUUUUCUCUCUGGCAGACUUCUCUGCCAUCUGUAAAAUAAAUGGAUUCCAGUAUGAAGUUUAAAAUGUA